CGUGAUACGCUGCAUCAGCCAGAUUGCGAAGUCGAGCAGACUCUUUUCAGACAAGUGCAAUUGCAACUGUACUUGCCAACGUUAACAGGAUGCUCGUGUUGGCUGCGGUCGCGUUGUGCCCAUUCUGGACACCGGCAGGCUCCAGCGCGCUGCCGAACAACUGGCGCGAUUUUAUCCAUCCCGAUAUCCUAGCGCAAAACGACGGAGCAGAUCCAGAGCGAUAUGACAGUGACUUAGCGGAAGGCGACAUUGUGGGGAUCGAGACAACGCAGAUGCAAGGUGCAGCCAACGCCAUGAACGAUGCCGUCCUUUUCUGGCCGAAUAACACCAUCCCGUACGAAUUCACCCGGAAACAGUUCGCCACAUUGACUGUUCAAGAGACGCGAAUUAUUCUGGAAUCCAUGAGCAUAAUCAGCCUCAUGACUGGGAAGUGCGUAAAGGAAGUGCGACCCCGGACCACGGAAGACGAUUAUAUAACGUUCCAGAAAAGUCUACAAUGUAUGUCCAGUAUUGGACGUAUUGGAGGACGGCGACAAAUUUCGCUGGCUUCCGGCUGUCUGAAGCAUCAUGGCGAUGUUCAGCACGAAAUACUGCAUGCCCUCGGAUUCCUUCAUGAGCAGUCACGCGCCGACAGAGACACCUAUAUCACCAUUAUCUGGCAGAACAUAGCCGAAGGUGCUAAAAAUCAAUUUGAAAAGUAUGAAUCGGGUAACACGUAUGGACUUCCUUAUGACUAUGAAUCGAUUAUGCACUACCCUUUCAACGCAUUUGCAAGGAACAGCGAAAUUCCCACGGUUGUCCCGACAUCUGGGCGAUCCAGAAUUGGUCAACAUGACAACCUGAGCCCGCUGGAUGUCACCCGAAUCCACCGAAGGUUCGGAUGCUCGGCAGCCGCGGCAAGCAGCUUCAUAGAACUACUGGACAAUCAGGCCACAACAGUGAAACCGGUUACAACCGCAUCACCGUUGACGAAUUCAGCCACUUCAUCGUUGCUGACUGCAACAGAGAGACCAACGUUGCCCCGCACGACGCCAAGAGUCAGAGUGCCUGAAAAUCUCCAGAACGGGCCGUCAUUCUUGGAAGACCCGUGGAUAGUGGACAGCCAAGGAAAUAAGGUUGGAACUGCGAAGAUAAUUGUUCAGAGGGUGGAGGGUGGUGUAAUUCCAGUGGGGAUACAGUGAAAACAGCGGACAAUUAGUAGCAUGGCGCCCUCAUCAUUUUGGCCACCAGUUGCAUAGGAUGUCCAUACCAUGCAAGUGAUGAUGCAACGGCUUACGAGAUCAAUUAAGAGACCACCAAAUCGUUAACCUACUACCACAUAUUACGGUCAAGUUACCGUUUACCGUGAAAUCUUGGCAGGUUCUUAAGGAAGACUGGGAACUAUAAGUUGACCGGAUACUUAGUUAAAAUUCGUAUGCAUAAACGGAAACGGUUGCUUUCGCGCAAUGUCAACCACCUUUUUGCACAUUUUUAUGAUUUUGGUUGCCCAAAUGACUUGUACCCUGGCGUGAAAACCGUUUGUAUCGGCAACAUCCGAUUGGGGAGCUAUGUGUGAAAUAAGACUGCCAAAUGAUUAAA